AUGAAUAUCAGUGGAAUGAAUAAAACUUCUGAGGAUAAGGCUCUUGCGAUUGUCAGCCCAGUUGCCCCAUGUCAGUCGCGCAGUUACGGUAGGAUCUCGUGCAGUCCCGUAUGCGAACCAGGAAACCAGUCGAAACCGGUGUCAAAUGCAGUGAACUGUCAUGGGUUGAUCGAUGAAUUUACGUUACCUCUGAGCGGGGAUUCCCGUGAGAGUUUGUUACUACGGGCUUCUUUAAAAAAUAGAGUGGAAAAUCACCGGCAAUAUUCACCAUCUCCUCUCGGUGAUGACAAUGUUUGCCUGGUAGGCUCUAAAGAAAAUUCCUCCGAAUGCCUGGAUCUAAAGCAACUGGAAAAAUGUGAUUCGACUCCUACUAGCGCUUUUAAAAGUCCCCUUGGUUCCCAAGAACAGGGUCUCGCCGAGGUUGCAACCGAGCCCAAAUCAGUCUCCAAUCCUAGUUUGUCUCCACAUCCCGCGGAGAACUGUCUUGUCGAUUCAAAUCAUUGCAACGGUUCAAUCGUCACGCCGUCUUCCGGUGUACCUGGUUGUUUCACGCCUCCUGGUGAUGUCCUCUUAGAUGUGAACGGUCGUUCCGGGUCCCAGACACCUGCGUCUGUGAAUGAGUCCGAUCGCAUUAGGAUGGAUUUAACCAAAUUGGACGAAACGAUUGAUUAUGUUCUAUCAUAUGCACGCAGCGAUGAACCGUGUGAAGGCAUGUUCGUUCUACCUUGUCGCUCACGCGAUGCAACCCAUUUAUCAUCUCCUAAUCUCCGUGCCAACACACCAAGCUCUGGCAUACUCGCAUCUCCAUCCUCCUCACCACCUCCAGCAUCUCCGCCACCCUAUCGGGUAAUAUCCUCACCCAUGCUCAAUCAGUCCAAAACACAGUCACUGGUACAGUCAAGCAGUGUUCCGUGUGUGGUGUCCCAGUCUGUUCCGAGGUUUAUUGUGGAUCAGGCAUCGGGAGUUCUUCACUUUCCUCGAUCAGUUCAUCCCUCGGGCGGUUCUCAGGGUGUUACCCAACCUACUGUGUCUUUUGUGCAUGUUUAUUCGGAUUCAUCAACUAUCCAGGAUACUCGAGUCCCCGAUCAGUCAGGAUCUCAGCCCAAAUCCUUAAAUCCAGCUACUCAAAUGGUUUUACACUCCAAUGUAAUCCAUGGUUUCCAAAACCAUGUUGUAGCGCCCCAAAACGCAUUCGCAGUUCCACCCUCCUCGGUGCCUCGCACGUUCAGUUCUCUGGUGUCUCCUACUAAGGUGAAUCUUGUGCAUGCGUUACCCGCUCAUGUGUCCCGUGUUGGUACUCUUUCCCCCACAUACACAUCCCUCGCUCAUGUGUCAGAGCCGACAGGUUUGGUUUCCAGCAGAGCCGUUUUGUUCAGCCCAUCAAACACCGUAUGUGUUAUGCAAAACCCCAUGUUAUCACCUCCUGUUUAUGAAACUACAACCCCCUCCAACUUUCCUACUGAUCAUCAAACCGCACUAACCUACACGUCUUUCCAGUCGUUUGAGAAAAAGGUUUGUCCCACAUCUCCUGUGUCCUUUCGACAACCGGUGGUACCACAGCAGUCUGUAAUAGCACUGAGUGGACAAGUUGGCGGUGCCAUUCCGGUCAUUACAGACAAGGAUAACCAUGUAGCAAUCAGUCCUCCAAACACCGUUGUUCGUCCAGUUCCCGGGGUUAAAAAGCGCACUCAUAAUUCCUCUUCGGCGGGAAAUAAACGAAGGAAAACAGUUGCUACCGCAUCGCCCAUCUCUGGCCCCGUUCCUGGUUCACAAAUAAGGGUGCAACCCGAUCCGAUCCAACCCGGGAGGUCCACUUUCCAGGAAUGCAUUGAAAAACUGAAAGGAUGUGAUGUAAAAUCCUUGGUUUCUGCACCUCUCCUCAAGCCACAUUCAUCCGUCUUACUUCCUGCCGGUGGAUCAGACCCUCCAUCAAGUCCUUUGAGUCAUAUGGACGAGUUAGACCUUAUGAGACGAAGGGGUCUGAAGUACUCCCGUGGUCCUUUAGCGAUGCAAGUCCCAAAGCUUCCUAGUCACAAGGAUUCCAAAGCCGAUAGCUAUAUACUCCAACAUCUGCGAACCACUGCACCGUUGGGCGCGCUAGUUAGCCCCAGGAAAUUCCAGAAACUGUCGUGCUGUGCGCAUCCCGUGUGUUCCUCACCCGAGCCACCUUCUUUUGAGAACCAUAUGCGGGCGUUGUUUUCGAGUAUGCAUCGGCCACCCAAAUGUGAAAAGGAACAAAAGCCCGUUGAGUGUGUUCCCACAAAACCUUUGGGUCAUACCGUUCUGGAUUCAAAGCUCAUUCCAAUUUUCUCCGAGGUUUCUGUGGGUAAACCGGAUCCUGAGAGGUGCACUCCUCCUUUGCCUCUGUUCCACAUGCCCAAUCCACGACUAAUUUGUCAGCCCAUUUGCCUUGGAACCGGUGAUCGCGAGGUUAGCGAGUCAGCUCCAUGCAAUACUGGUGAUGAACCGAACGAACCUCGAGAGUCUAAAGUGAGCAACAGUCCGUCAGAUCAGACGGUGCAUCCACGACCAGAAUACAAUGGCAUUCCUGCAGGAAACAGUCCGCUAAUUGAUUCAGAAACUGGUGAAGUAGUUGCUGGAAGGCGUAUACCUGAAGCUGAGCAGAUCUUGCCGGCCGAUACGGGAGCAGAGAAGUUGCAUAUCACAUUCACUAUCAAUCCAUCGAUGACGAGUGGUGUCUCUAAAAUUGUAAGGCGUAUCGCAGAAUUGCUGGGGAUCGACCAGAACGCUGUGUGCUAUCAGGUAACUAGGUCCGGUGCACAAAUUACCCUCGACCAAAAACAGUCACAAAGCGAAAGCGUCAUGAAGAACCUAGAGAGCCAACUACGGGAGCAGUUUACUCCUUUAUCGCUUCAUGUCGAAAAAGCCACAAAUCAAUCCGAGGAUAUUGGUUCACUUCCGACUCCCGGUGACUCGGAUGCUCUAGUUUCACCGUCACUGGGAUUAACCAAAUCUGCGAGCUUCGACUCAUCAAAUAGCGGUAAAGACGUCCCACUGUCGAAACUUGAACUAUCGCGUUACGUGGAGGAACCUGUCAGUAUCCCGUCACUUCUAACUUCAAAACGCACGGUCAUUAAACCUUGUCAAAACUGUGAUAAGCCUGUGCCCCCUCAUACCGGACAUCGAAAGUGUUUGGAAGAAAUAGCUGCUCUCAGUGGGCUUUCAUCUCGAACUGAUCUGAAUGGCGAUUUUGUGUUUUGUUCUGUGGAAUGCUUCGUUCAGUUUUCGCGUCUAGUCUCUAAUCGUCAUGUGGAUGACGUUGGAUGUAUCACCAGAAUGACCGAAGAUAUUGGCCCACACCAUUCGGCAGAUACCCGACAACCCACGUUGGCUUGUGAUUUUUCUGCCUCCAUCCCUGUUCUAUUGCAUUGGGGUCUUCCUAAAACCGGCAAAGCCUCCAAACGUCACGUUAUGUCCACAAGUUCACUGGGACCCGGAUGCAAGCGACGGAAUAUUAACGCGGGAUUAAGUUCUUUCAAAAGCAAACGAUGGCGAGGCUCCCGAUGGCGUGUGUUUUCAGCCCAUUCUCUGUCACAGUAUUCAAAACCUCAAUCCAAUUACUGGUGUGAAGAAAACGUUUCGGAAUUACUGAAGGACCAUUCAUCACAUUUACUCCUGAAAGAUGCUACAGACCAUCGAGUCUGUAUUUUGUGCUCGGUUCGCGGAGAUGCGACAGAGGAAAGUCUCGGCCGACUGUUACCGUAUGAUGUAGACAAAUGGCUUCAUAUUAACUGUGCUCUGUGGUGUUUCGAAGUAUAUGAAACUGUGGGUGGUUCCCUCAAUAACGUAGAUGUGUGGCUAAAAAAGGCUACCGAGACUAGUUGUUCACAUUGUGGGAAUUUUGGUGCUGGGCUGCCCUGCUACAACCCCAGGUGUACAUCGGUUUAUCACGUGUCUUGUGCCGUUGAGCUGAAGUGUAUGUUUUUCACUGAUCGUGGAAUGUACUGUCCUCAACAUCAACCGAAAGAGCAACACCCCAUGCAGUUGCUUUCGUUAGCUGUCCAUCGACGUGUUUACAUAUCCCGGGACGAAAACACUCAGGUAGGUAGUGUUAUUCACGAGGAGGACCGGACAAGUGUGGUGAGAAUUGGAACAGUUUACCUACAAAGCGUCGGUCAACUUCUGCCACAUCAAAUAGAAAGUGGAUACUUCCAUGCGCGUCGGUAUAUCUACCCGGUUGGAUUUCGAUCAACUAGAAUCUAUUGGUCCAUGAGAAAACCGAAGUCCAGAGCUCGCUACGUUUGUGAAAUUCUUGAAAAUGAUGGCAAACCGUUAUUCAGAAUCACUGUCAUCGACAAAGACAUGGAUGACGAAACUUUCACCCACGAGACAUGCAGUGGCGUUUGGAGAUGUGUCCUCACGAAAAUCGAGCAGUUACGUGAACGGGAUAAGUUAGUCAGACUUUUUCCUGAACAUCUGAAAGGUGAGGAUCUGUAC